UCAACCCGACUUUACACACGCAGGUCCCAGCAGGUGCUUAAAUACCGGUGUGUGUGACGGCUGAGCCGUGGGGGCUGUGUAGUCUCGGUUUUGUCCGCGCUGGAGCAGCAGGAUGCCCGCUGAGCCCUCCAUUGUUAUCUAUCCCUGCUGAACGAGUGACACAUAGUAGAAAGACAUCUGUAAUCACGAUCGUAGCCGCACACUGAAGUUAAGAACUUCAUCUGAAACAUGGGGAACAUUUUCGGGAAUUUGCUGAAGAGCCUCAUAGGGAAGAAGAAGGAGAUGAGGAUCUUGAUGGUUGGGCUCGAUGCUGCAGGAAAAACAACAAUCCUCUACAAGCUCAAACUGGGGGAAAUAGUCACCACCAUCCCAACCAUUGGGUUUAACGUUGAGACGGUGGAGUACAAGAACAUCAGCUUCACUGUGUGGGACGUGGGUGGGCAGGACAAGAUCCGCCCCCUCUGGAGACACUACUUUCAGAACACACAGGGUCUAAUCUUUGUGGUGGACAGUAAUGACAGAGAGCGUGUGAACGAAGCGCGAGAGGAGCUGAUGAGGAUGCUGGCUGAGGAUGAACUGAGAGAUGCGGUCCUCCUUGUGUUUGCCAACAAACAGGACUUACCGAACGCCAUGAACGCUGCAGAGAUCACAGACAAGUUGGGCUUACACUCCCUGCGUCACCGUAACUGGUACAUCCAGGCCACCUGCGCCACCAGCGGUGACGGUCUCUAUGAGGGUCUUGAUUGGCUGGCCAAUCAACUCAAGAACAAGAAAUAAGAAGAAAACGGGAACAAACAGCCAGCACCCGUCCGACUUUUUAUUUGUUUUGGGAAUGGGGGCGCGGUUAGGUUCAGGGGCUUUGAUCAAUAGGUGAAAAGCAAGAUUCUGGGGUUGGGGGAGAUUUUAGGCUUUCAUUUUAAGUCUGUUGAGGUUCUUAAUAGUUUUCAGCGCUUAAUAAAAUCAGAUUCUCAUGUACUUCAUAUUUAACCAAACACACACUCACAAAUGCACACUAAUCAUAAGCAGUCACAGCAGACACUUGCUUUUCCUGUGUCCACCUCUUGUCCUUAGGUGCAAUGUACUGUAUGUUCGUCUUUAGGUGCCGUACCAAGUCGUUUGUGACUCCGCUGAGUCGGCAAUGAGUCAAAUAGGACUUUUGUUGGUGUAUGUCUUUCAACUGUCAGUCGUCCAUACAAAGAACUGUUCUGUGUCAGUUGCACUUCCUGUUUUUCUUUUUUCCUACCAGAGCCGUUUUUGAGAACAAUCACAGCUGGCAGAUUCAUGUCACCAUAAUUAUUUUAAUUUGUGAGCAAUGCUGAGGCACUUUGGUACUCAGAUAAAGUGUGUGUGAGCGUGCACAUGUACCUGUAUGUGUUUGUGCAAGUCAGUAUUUAUCAUGAAAAAGACAAGAGGACUGGAGUUCCCCCUGUCACACGUCCUCUUACUGCCUCAUUUUGGAAAUCUUUUGAUAUCUGUCGCUUGUUUUUCUACUCCCCGCGUGGCGACCCAAAGUGUCAAAGCCGCCCUUUUUAAAUAUUUUAAAACACACAACACGUUCUCGGCCGCCUGAGCUGCAUGUAUCCUGGUAGUUCUCGCUGACAUCGUUGCCUACUUUUUCCAUCCUCUGAGCUGCAUGAACGCUGUUUGUAGAUUUUCCCCAAAUGCCCUCAUCGUGUUCUGGUGCUGUUUUUACAGUAGGAUGCAGAAACUAACCGUUACACCUGUAUUUAGGUGUCAACAUGUGCUUCAUACAAUAUAGUCAGCUUUAUAGUCUUUUUAAAUGUGAAAGCAUUAUAUAAACACA